AUGGAGUCGCAGAUCCAGCUGCCCGAGCUCGACGACGACGAUGAUGUGCUCUACGCGCCCUCUGCGAGCACCGUGGGUCGGAGUGGCGGGCCCGGCGCAGCGCUGCCUGCCCUCUCCAUUCCCUCGCGCGGCGGGCCCUUCCGCGGCGCCGAGCUCUCCUUCCACACGCGCUCGGGCAGCGGCACCUCCAACGACUCCAACGCCGGCCCGCCAUCGGCUGGCUCUAUCAGCAAUGGCGCCACCUCCGCCUUUCGCUUUCCGCCCACUGGGCCGGUAGCUGCCGCUCCACCAGAGCGGCCUGGCGCGCCGCGCAAGAGCAGCUUUGCAAGCCUGCGCGCCGCCAUCAAGGGCCAGCAGGCCUCUUCCUCUGCCACCGCGACAAACGGCAGCCAUCGCUACCCGCUGCCUGCUCCGCUCGAUCUCUCGCGCAGAGGGCACGGCCGCACCGACUCCGCGCUCAGCGCUGCGUCGCGCGGCGCAGCCUCGUCCUCAGGCGGGCAUGGCGCGCCGUCGACGCAGUCGGCCAGCUCUGCGGCCGGCGGCAACUGGAACGCAGCAGGCUCGUCCAUGUCUCGCGGCGGCCAUGUGCAGCACAGCAGCAACUACUCGGAAGUCUCUGCGGGCGCGAGCUCCUCGACUGGCUCCGUGUUCGGCGCCGGCUCCUCCAUGGGCGGCUUUGCGCCGUACAUGACGUCGCAUGCGCACCCGAGCAUGGGCAUGCCGCCCAUGCCGCCGUUCCCGCAGGAAUACAGCGCGCACAUGCCGAGCUUCCCGCAUGAGUACCAGGCCUCGGCAUCUGGCUCGGCGUCGAUGCCGCGAGACUCUGAAGAUGCAGUGCGCCCAAACUUCUACGGCGGCGCGUUCGGUGCGGCGAAUGGAGAAGAGUCGCACGACUCUGCUCGCUAUCUCGGGCCGCCUACGCCGUUGGCCAGCGCCUCGUUUGCGCAGAGCGACUACGACUACGCGUCGGCCAUGCCGCACACUCCGACGAUGGCGCUGCGGCGAGGGCCCUCGGCCAGUGGGCCACGCGCGGCGGGCGGAGCGCUGGGCACAUUGCCAGACGGCGUCGGCUCAGACGACCCCAAGACCCCCGCCGAGUACGCGCUCAACGUGCUGAUGAGCCGCUGGAUCACGAGCACGGCUUUGAAGAUGGAGAGCGUGCAGGAAGCAGGCGUGAGUGACACGGAGCCAUCUCUGGAGCACAGCUUCGGCGCCGGCGCAGACGACGUCUUUGAUGCGCUGCUCGUCUCGAUUGCGCAUGUGGCGCGCAAGAGUGCCACGCCCGUAAUCUCGUCGCUCUUUCGCUGGCGAGCACUGCAGGUCUCUGCAAACGUGGAUGCCACGUCUGUGCGUCGGGCCAUGCCUCGCAUGGGGCAGUACUCUUCGUCACUGGCUGGCGCAGGAACGCUUGGCGUUCGAGAAGUAGCCAUCGUGCUGAUGCGCCGCAAGGUGUUGAUGUCGGCCUACCUCCUCGCACGCGCCCUCACGGAGGUGGCCAAGCAGCUGGGACGGGGCAGUCUGGGCAAGGCGAGCUCGGCAGAGCUCGAGGGCGACGUCUUUGAGCUAAUGCUGGAGUGCAGUCGAGAGCGCACGCCAAGAAGCGCAAUGCAGGUCGCGGCCUUCGAGACGAUCGCAAAGCUUUUGGGCGAGCUCUCCAAGACGCACUUCGUCGCCAUUGGCGAUCGCUUUGUGUCGCUGCUCGAGCAAUGCGCCAAGGCGCCGGCGUCCAAGGAAGCCGAGUCCGCGGCAGACGUGGCCAUUCAGGGGCUGCGGCACCUGACGAUCACGGUAUAUCCGAUGGAGCUCUUCGAGGAGGGCGCCGACUUCGUCGAGAUCCUCUCGCGCUACUUUGUCGGCUCGCACGGGCAGCGGCUCAAGACGAGCUAUGCCGAUGCACUGACGCACCUGCUGCUGCCCGUCGCCAAGUCCGCCUCCGCCGAGAUGAAUCAUCCCACAUGGAUCAAGGCACUGGAAACCAUCGGCCCGCGCGCCUUUGCGAUGGCCAAUAAGCCGCGCUACUGGCAGACGGCGUAUCCGCUCUACGUGGCGUGCCUCUGCGCCGCUCCGGAGGAGAAGUUCCUGCAGACGGGUGCUGGCUGGAGCUGGUUCACGUGCAUCGAGGCGGGCGUCGCGAAGCUGAAGGACCGCGCGUCGCGCAACAUCGUGCUCAACGGCGCCGUGCGCCUCAUCUGGACGUACAUGUUCCGCUGCCGCGAGAGCAGCAAUACGACGACGAAGCGCCUCGAGGCCUUCUUCCGCCUCUGGUUCCCCGCCAACCGGCCGACGGUGCUGCCGCAGGACGCCGUGCUCAGUCCGUACAUCGUGAUGGUACACCUGGCACUGUACCGGCACUUUGACUACGGGCAGGAGCUCGUGCUCGAGUUCCUGCGACACUCGGUCCUCGGCGGCAACACGCUGGCGCUGCAGCCCGACGUGCUGUGGAAGCAGCGCAUGACCAUCGCCGUGCGCGCCGUGCUGCUGACGCUCGACGCGUAUGUGCGCGAGGAGUCGCCGCCGUUUCCCGACGGCGCCGACUUCACCGUCUUUGACUUUGACACCGAGCAGCGCUCCGGCCGCGGCGACGAGCUGCCCGAGGACUUCGCCUUUGCGCGCCCAGAGAUCGGCGAGGCGCAGAUCCGCUUCAACGAUCUCAUCGGCAAGAUCGCGCUCAUCUGCGACCACCAUGUCGGCGGCGCAAGCGUGUUCGACGAGUCUGCCAUCGUCGUGCGCGCUGGGACGUCCACCUUCCAACGCCCGACUGCAGCGGCCGACGAGGAGCGCUACCUCUGGCGCACACACCCCGCGAGCCGCAUUUCGACGGCGUAUCCGCGGGAGAGCCAGCCGUACCUGGAUCUGCUCCGCGCCUGCGUCGAGGCGUGGCCACGUUGCCUCAGCUCUAGCAUUCCGUUCCCGAGCGUGCUGUCCGCGCUCUUCAGGGGUCACCUCAGCGUUGAUCCUCAGCUUGCACACGCGUCGUCGGAGAGCUUGCGUCGGAUAGCCCGGCAGCGCAAGGGCGGCGCCUCGGCAGUCGUGUCCGGCUUCAUGCGCUACAUCUUCCGCAUCGAGACCGUCUUCUGGGAGACGCACUCAAACCAGACGCUGCUGCUGGCCAAGGUUGAGCUCGCGGUCAAGCUCUGGAUCGAGUUCCUCAACAUCUGGCUGGCGGACCUGCGCAAGAGCCAGGCUGACCAGGGCAUGGAGCGCACGAGCGCGUGGGCCAUGAUCGACGACGUCGAGGCGCACGGUCUCUUCCUCCUCUGCUCUGCGUGGCGGCCGCUGCGGAGGCACGCCAUCAGCGUCCUGCGCCUCGUCGCCGUCCUCGACGACGCCUUUCUCUCUCCAGCGCGCCGUCAGGCUCUGGCGGCCGAGCGCGCUCGCGGCGAAGACGAGGAGCCGACGCGCAUCAUCCACCUGCUCGAACGGCCGAGCUCACGCUACUGCAGUGAAGACGACGCUGGCUUGACGGCAGCGCAGCGGGCCCGCGUGACCAAGUGGCGCGCGCCAAACCGUUCCGAGCCGCUGAGCGAGCUGGCGGAGAGCGACAGCGCCAUCGAGCACUCGCUCUGGCACCACGUCAUGCCGCGCUUCCUGCGCAUGUGUCUCGAACGCUUCCCGACGACGGUCGCCGUAUUCCGCUCGUACGUGACGAGUCGAGCCCUCGGCAUGGAGACGGCAGUGGCAGCCGUCUCUGGCACCUCGGCGGCCAUCGUCGGGACGACAAGAGGCCUGCCAGGGGUAGGCACGACAGCCGCGCCUGCGCUCGGUCCCGAUCAGGCUCUCAUGGCGGACCACUGGAAGCUUUACAUUCUGGCGCUCUGCACGACCACGACGUCCACCGACGGCGGCCACGGCUUGGCACUCGGACACGUUCGCCAGCCAAGCGAGGGCGGCGGCGAGCGCGUCAUCGCAGCGCGCGAUCUGUUCCAGCGGCUCGUGCCUUUCCUGGCCUCCGAGCAGGCUCAUGUCCGCGACGCAGUCGUGUCUGCGCUCGGCAACAUCAACAUCAACCUCUACCGCACGCUGCUUGAGACGACGCAGGCUGUCGGCGCGCAGCUCAAUGAGGACUCGAAGGCGCGGUCGGCCACGCGCUCGAUCGGGCCGGCGCGACGCAGCCGCCGCCACGAGCGCCUGCGGACGGCCGUGGCGCACGUCGUGCAGCUGACCUCGGCGCACAUGCUGCGCGACGAGACGCUGAGCGACCAGAGCAUCGUGAUGCUCAUCCUCGGCUGGGUCAAGGACACGUUUGCGUUCCUGACGCAGCGCGAAGUGCGCGUGGACUGGGAGUUCCAUCGCCUGCGGCGCUUCUUCUCUGGCGUCGUCGAGGAGUUCUUCAACGGCCUUGCGCGUCUGGAGGCCAGCGAGCGCUACUUCAACUUCGACACGCGCCUGCGCAUGUUCCGCCUCUUUCGCGAGUGGCACUCGUACAGCCAGGCGGCGCAGGACGGGCCAGUCAAGCUUGCUAACCUGCUUGCCUCGGUCGGCGAGCAGUACCGCGACGACAAGCAGCGCGAGCAGGUGCUGACGCUGCUGCGCAACGAGACCCAGCUGCUCUCGUACCACGCCGGCAGCGCCAUGGCGGCGCUGUGCCAAGGGGCUAUCUCGCUGGUCGGCAGCGCUGCGCCUGCGCCCAUGCCUGGCUCCUCGCUCGACGCCGCGUCGCUGCUCUUGUGGCUGCAGCACCUGUUCCAGAGCCCCGCGCCGCAAAACCACGCGGUCGCACGCCGCGCCCUCCAUGCGCUGCUUAAGUUCAACGCCAAGCACGAGCAGCUCGUCGCAACUGCAGUGGAGCACUGCUUUGCCGAGGACGAGGGGACCACGUCUCCGCGAUCCUUCUUCGUCGUGAUGGCCGACGUCAUCGUACGGCAGAGCGAGGAGCUCGUGCCGCUGCAUCAGAGCCUCUGCUUGGGUCUUGUCAAGCUUGGCCAUCCCGAUUCGGAGGUGCGGCGCAAGGCGUUCGAGCUGCUUGAUUGCGUGGGACGGCGCCAUGUUCCCGCGCUGGCCAUGCACGAUCUCGAGGUCGGCGUCGGCAGCCCUCUGCCUGCGACGUAUCUGCGAGCGCAGCGCGAGAUUUCGGCGCAUCUGGCCGACCGCUUCGGCUCGCUCAAGGUGGCGAUGCUCUCCGAAUACACGUCCCGCCUGCCGGUCAUCGACAUCAUGCGGCGCGCCACGACGCUCGGCCUGCUGCCUGAGUGGCUCAACGGGCUGGAGCUGCCGUCCACGGGCGCCGCCGACAUCGACCGCAGCGGCAGCUUCGCGGCCAGCUUCGCCAGCGUCGAGGUGCCGGGAGAAGCAUUCGUCGUGCUCACGAACCUCAUGUUCCUCACGAUCAAGUACAGCGACGACCACAACUUUGAGAUCCAGGACAUGUGGGCGAGCCUGGCCGAAGGGCCCGGCGCCGGCGCCAACGCGGCGGUCAUCGUGCGCUUCCUCGUCGAGGAGGCGCUGCGCUUCCGCAGCUCGGCGUUUGUCGUGCAGGCCAAGCGCGCCAUGUCGUGCCUCUCGCACACGGUCAUCGCGCCGGUGCUGUUCGCCACGCUCUGCGCACUCAUCGAGCCGUCCGCCAUGAUCCCCGUGCCGCGCGACGAAGCGCUUCCCGCGCUAGAGGCCGCACUGCAGCACCUCCACUGCGCCGUGCUCGAUCCGCUGCUGCCGGACGCCUCGCGUCGCCAGGUCUUCUCGCCGGGCCAGAUCGCGCUGCUCUUCGUCGGCGAGCUGACGUACGACCGGACGGAGCAUCUCGCGUCGAGCCUGCCGCUGCUGCUGCACGCCAUCUUCAUGCAGGUCGACAGCGUCUCGCAGUUUGUGCAGGAGCAGAUGAUGGCGAUGCUCAUGCAGAUCAUGCGUACACUGACGUCGGCCUCAGGGCCCGUCGUUGCCGAGACGAAGCCCGAGGCCGCCGACGCGGACACCAGCCUGAACGCCACGGCGAAGCAGAAGGUCGAGCAGCUCUUCGCCAAGGGCUCGGCCGUCUUCUGGGCGCACGACGACCUCGACCUCGAUCUUGACCAGACGCGCACGCCACGCACGCUGCGCUCCACGCUCACCGAGCUGCUCGCUGUGCUGCAUCCCCUGCUGCCCGAGCUGCGCGCCGAGUGGGGCCAGACGUCGCUGCACUGGGCCACGUCGGCUCCGGUCCGGCACAUGGCCUGCCGCUCGUUCCAGACGUUCCGCGUUCUCCUGCCGGACACGACGCCGUCGAUGCUGGCAGACAUGCUCGGUCGCCUCUCGAACACCGUUUCGGAUCCAAGUGUCGACGUGCAGGCGUUUGCGCUCGAGGUGCUCUACACCCUGACCGCCGUCGUGCGCAGCGCGGACGCCUCGCAGACGGAGCUACUGAGCCAGAUCUUCUGGGGCAGCGUUGCGUGCCUGUCGACCGCCAACGAGCGCGAGUUUGCCGAGACAAUCACGCUGCUCGAGUCGCUGCUCGACAAGCUGGACAUUGGCGCGCGCGACACGAUCGACAUGCUGCGCGACCGCUGUCCGGAAGGCUGGGAGGGCGAAGCAGGCGGUCUGCAACGGCUGAUCCUCCGGGGCUUGCGCUCCUCGGUCACCUCGUCGGCGUCGUUCGCCGUGCUCGCACGCCUUGCAAGCGUCCAAGACGACACGCUCAUCGACGCCUACGGCUCGCGCCUGGCGCAGCUCUUCACGGCGGCGCUGCCGUGGUUCCUGCAGAGCACCGACGCUCCGCUGACGCAAGACGACUCGGUGCUCGCGCUUGCCGGCAACAUUGCGCUGCUUGCCGAGCACGAAGGCAAGGCGGACCUGCACCGCGUCGCGACGUCAAUUGCCAAGUCGCGCUUCCGCACCAAGGACGACCUGGUGCGGCAGGCCGUCGGCUGCAUCCGCGUCAACUUCCUGCCCGCGCAGGGCCCUGAUCUGGCGGUGCUGCUCCUCAGCCUGGCGCUCAACCAGCACGAGUGGCUGCGCAAGCAGACGCUGCAGGUGCUCAAGGUCUUCUUCCAGGUCAUCGACACGCGCUCCGACGCCUUUGCCAAUCUCGGCUCGGAGCUGCUCAUGCCGCUGCUGCGCCUCUUGUCCUCGUCGCUGUCGGCCGAGGCGCUCGACGUGCUCGACGAGCCCAUCUCCAUCAACGGCGGCCCUGCAGCGAACCAGAUUCUGCGCAUGAGCCUGCAGUGGGGCAAGCCGAGCCGGCGGCGCGAGCAGUCGAGCGACGCGUCCAUCUUUGGCGCGCCAGACGACAGCGGCUGGGCCGUGGCGCACCCGCAGGAGAUGACGGCGCGCAGCCGCAUCAACGUGCAGGCCGUGUUCAAGACGUGCGAGCUGGCCCUCGAGACGGCGCCCGUCGGCGAGGUCAACUUUGUCGAGUGCGACGAUCUGGAAGAGGACGACACGAGCGUCGUCGACCUCGGCCUCGGCGGCGCGCUGUCGCAGCUGCACGCCCUCUCCAACUUCUUCGAGCCGGACUCGAGUCCGUCCGUCGGCAGGCCGGGCGCCAGCGCGUUCCCGGCGCUCGCAGGCGAGAGCGACGAGCAGGUCGCGCGCAUCCUGGCGCGCUCGGCCGCACGCUCGACGCCGAGCAGCCACGACUUUAACGGCGAGCGAGCGUCACUCGACCGGUCCGACGCGGGCAAUAGCUACUACGGCCUCGAGCCAUCGCCCUACGCCUCGGACGCCUUCACCCACCCCGCCUCCAUCGAGGCGGCGCGCGCAGCCGGCAUCCUGCCGAGCCUCUUCACCGACGUGGGCCGCCUGCGCUCGCGCAGCGACAGCGACUCGAGCUCCUCGCCGCUGGCGCCGCACGACGACGGCAGCUCGACGCCGCAUCCGCCCGCUGCCUAUGCGGCCGCUAGCAACGGCUCCGAGUCGGCCGCGACGACGCCGCAGCGCGAGCGCUCCUCGGCCUGGCCGGGCAAGACGUUCUUCCGUGGCCGUGCGUCGCCGCGCGCCUCGCCCGAGGCGACUGCUGUGCCGAACCCGCUGGAGCAUGCUCCUCAGCGCCUCUGAUACCCCUUGCUUCUCUGCUCCUGCUGCGCCCUCUCAUCUGUACAACACACCUCUCAAUCCAACGUCACGCGCGGAAGCAUAGC